AUGGAGAGCUCAGGGACGACUGCUCGCAGGAGAGCCGCUCAUUUAAAAAUCCUGCUCUUGCAUGGAGACGCUGAUCCUGAAGUACCAUACGAAACCAGUAUAUGGUACGCUGAGUUUCUGCGAACCUCAGGCUUUUCAGUGGAUUUUAGAACCUUCAACGGACUGCAGCAUUUUUGGACGUACCGUGAGAUGGAUUAUGUCAAGCAGUGGCUCCGCCCUAGGAUCGCAGUGCCCAGAAUCACAAUUAAGUACUAA